AGCCGAGGAUGUUUGGUAUUGGACAAAAGCUACAGGACUAUAUAAAGUAUGACGGUGCCCUGCAAAUAUUGAUUUGGGUGCAUAACCUUGUCGACCCGAAGCUUAUCACUCAACGCCAGGGGCUCAAGCAUAGCAACAUCAAUCUUGUCUGAGUUCAACCUGAUCCGCAAUCAUGGAUCCUAAAACUGGUGCAUUUCACCAUGAUAAUAUGGCUGUGCCAGAUACUUCCAGAGUUCUUCCCCUAUUCUCUCUCAAAGGUCGCACAGCUAUUGUCUCUGGCGCUGGUGCAGGUAUUGGCCUCGCCAUUGCUCAAGGGCUGGCAGAGGCUGGCGCCAAUGUGGCUAUCUGGUAUAAUAGCAACAAGCAAGCACUUAAAGAAGCAGAGAAGAUCGAAAAGAACUACGGUGUCAAGUGCCGAGCAUACCAAGUCAAUGUUAUCUCACCCGAAGCAGUUGACAAGGCCAUCAACGACAUUAUCACCGACUUCAAUGGUCGUCUAGAUGUGUUUGUGGCCAAUUCUGGUAUUGCCUGGGAAGACGGGCCCUUCAUCGACGGGCCUACUGAGAGAGCUCGCCGUGUUAUGGAGGUCAACGUCGAUGGUGUUAUGUGGUGCGCCAAGAGUGCAGGAGCACAUUUCCGAAGACAAAAGAAGGAGGGCACAACGCUGGAUGGAAAGAAAUUGACCAAUUUUGUGGCGGGCAGCUUCAUUGCUACAGCAUCUAUGAGUGGAAGCAUCGUCAACAUCCCCCAAUUGCAGGCAGUAUACAACGCUUCGAAGGCAGCUGUAAUUCACUUCUGUAAAUCACUAGCUGUGGAGUGGACAGGCUUUGCUCGUGUCAACACUGUAUCACCUGGAUACAUCAAGACCGAGAUCACAGAUUUCAUCAGCGAGGACGUCAAGACCAUUUUCAAGGAAAAGACGGUUGCUGGACGUCAAGGCGAAACUGGAGAGCUCAAGGGAGCUUAUCUGUACCUGGCUAGUGAUGCCUCAUCCUUUACCACUGGUCAUGACCUGGUCGUUGAUGGUGGUUACUGUGUUCCCUAAAGGAUAUAGACUGUUCGCAAUUGAGCAUUCAUGCCACGUCAUGUUUGGGUAACAAGACUAGCUGCCUACCUAUGCAUUGGCACAAGGGAGUUUGGAGAGCAGAUAUCAAAGGUAUCGCAUUGAAUAUGAAUACAUAUGUCAACGUCGUUUUGGCAGCUGCCCUCAGACUUGGCAGAGGUCAGACAAUAUGCUCAGAGUUAGCAUCCUGAGCCAGAAACGCCAAGAUGGCUUUGUCAGGAAAUGACCAUUCCAAGCAAGGUUCUGAUGGUCUGCACAUGGACGAACUACUCAGCAGACAAGAAGAGCACAGACAUGUUGACGACUUGUAAUAACGAACCGUAGAUGGGCGCGGGGCUAGGAAUGUGAAUAACCAUGGCCUCAUCAAUGAUUAUCAGAUUCCGGAUUCCUCUGCCACAGUGGGUUUUGGUGGACAAAACUCAUGCCAAGUACACC